AUGGGUCAGCUGACGCCAGCGGCGCGGCGAGUGGCCUUGGCCGUCACGCUGGUCGAAUGCGCUGCCUUUCUGGUUCUGGGCCUGUCCAUCGCUCUGUUCGGGCCCAUCCUGUUGGAGCUUGCCAAGGAGAUGCAUACAACACUGCAGGGCGUCUCGGUGGCCUUCUCCUCUCGAUCGUGUGGCUAUCUUUUGGGCUCUAUCGCGUCGGUCCCAAUCUUCGACCGACGCCCAAACAGCGCUCCGGCCGUGCUCGGCAUCACAUUGGCCAUUGCCGCCCUUGCCUCAGCAGCAAGCGCGCAUGUGAGCCAACUGUGGCAGUUUUGUAUCCUCGUGUCCUUUCAGGGGUUGGCCAUGGGUAUUCUAGAUACGGGUGGCAACCUCCUCAUUUUCAAGCUCUGGGGUGAUGAGAGCCCUCCCUACAUGCAAUCUUUGCACGCCUCAUUUGGCACCGGUGCUUUUUUCAGUCCGUUCCUUGCCAAGGCCUUCUUGCCACCCACCCCCGUAGAAACCGAGACCGACGCGGACAAUGCCACACCCGUGGUUGCACCAGCCGGUCAUGUCACCCAGGCCUUUACUGUCGUAGCCACAGGCAUGCUCGUGGUUGCCUUGGCCUUCCUCGCCCUCAACAGCAAAGUGCGCGCCAUGUUGCGCGACCAAGCAACGGCUCAAAAAGGCGCCGAGGAUGGCAAUGCCACCCCAUCCCCUGGGCCACUGGAUGCAGCCACCUACCGCUUGAUUCUCGCACUGGGUUGUGUCGUCUUCUUCCUUUACGUGGGCCAGGAAGUUUCCUAUGGUGCCUUCCUCUCAGCUUUUACCCAAGAAACCGAUCUGGGAUACACCGCCAACCAGGGUGCAAGCAUCACCAGCGCCUUCUGGGGCAGCUUUGCCGCCGCCCGCAUCAUGGCCAUCCCCCUCUCCUUGCGCUUUACCCCACGCCAACUUGUUGUGGCUGAUCUUGCAAUUGCCUUUGGAGCCAGCCUUCUCUUUCUGGUGGCAGCCCAGCACCAGCUUGUAGCCUGGUUGGCAUCUUGCAUCCUGGGUGCGGGCAUGGCCUCAGUCUUUCCCAGUGGCCUCAGCUAUCUCGAGCAGCGCAUCAAACUGGACAGCAAGGCCGCCUCACUCAUUGUUAUCAGUGCAGCCGCAGGCGAGAUGCUGAUUCCCUUGGUGACAGGUCAAUUUUGUGUUGAUCUUGAUGGCCACCGUGGCAUUUUACACACUGGACCGCGUAGCACCCGCAAGCUCGGCAAGCCGACAGACCUUAUGAUCAAGGCUGCAAGCCUCACAAGGGGCGUGACCGAGCCUACUCCUAUUCUAAGGCUAUGA